AUGGAUCGUGGCCUUUCAACAGGCACCCAUCAGGAAGACGAUGGACUUCGUGAGAGGAUUGUGGCCUCUCAGUCCGGUGCCGCCCUCACUCCCGAGGCUUUAACAGCCACGGGAGAAGGGUUGCUCAAGGACAAGACUGGUAAGGAGAUGAAGACAUAUGGUCGGACACCGGGCGGUACAGUGUUUACGGUCCCUCAAACACACGAUAUGGUCUCUCAGCUUCUGUCGCCCUCAGAGCCAAAGAACCUGUCCGAUGUUGCCGUCAUUGCCAUUCUCGGGGUCCACAUUCUUCUCCUGUGGGGGCUUCCCGCGGGUGCUAAAGUUCCUGUCUUUGCGUUGAUCUAUCUCUUCUGGCGUGCGGCCUACAACGCUGGAAUUGGAUGGCUCCUCCAUAACCAGUCCAACUACAAUACCCUCGUCCGGUGGGCUGAGAAGACCAAAAUCUUCGUGAACCCGGCAACAGGCAAAAAUCCUCAUCCUAAUCUGUACCAGCUGAUCAAACGUGAACUGGAGACCAAGAUCCCCACUGACUAUUCGUUCGAAAAUGCUCCAAUUGAGUACAACACUUGGCUCGUCUUCAGACGCCUGGUGGACUUGAUCCUGAUGUGCGACUUUGUCUCAUACUGCUUGUUUGCGGUAGCUUGUAGUGGCCGCCCCGUUGACGAGGGCGCUCUGAUGACCGUCCUGCGCUGGUCCGCCGGUAUCGUUUUGGUACUGUUCAACCUGUGGGUAAAACUAGACGCGCAUCGGGUAGUAAAGGACUAUGCCUGGUACUGGGGCGACUUCUUCUUCCUCAUCGACCAGGAGUUGACCUUUGACGGUGUCUUCGAGAUGGCCCCGCAUCCGAUGUACUCGGUUGGCUAUGCUGGUUACUACGGUAUCUCAUUGAUGGCGGCCAGCUACAAGGUUCUCUUCAUCUCCAUUCUUGCCCAUGCAGCACAAUUCGCCUUUCUGGUUUUCGUUGAGAACCCGCACAUCGACAAGACUUAUAACCCGCCUCCUCCCCGAAAGCGAACCAUCGAUCAAGAAUCUGUAUCCGCCGCCUCUCAGGCAUCAAGCUCGCCCAUCGCGCCAGCAUCCCUUGAUGAACAACUCCCCCAUGCGCCUUCUUAUGCUAGUGGUCCACCUCCGUCUGUUCACAAUCUGUUGGGCAUUCAAAACCUGGACCUGCAUCGAAUCACGGAUACUUCUUCCAUGCUGAUUCAGUUCCUCGUAUUCGCUAUUACGGUUCUGACUCCGUCAACGCCUUGGUACCGGUUCCUCUUUGUGGCCAACGCUGCCAUCUGGAGAAUCUGGUAUUCUGUCGGUAUUGGCUUGGUUUUAGACCGUCAAUCGAACCGUAAGGCCUGGACCCGGCAUUUUGUAAAGUAUGGCGAGACCCCUCAGGAGGCUUGGAACCAGUGGAAGGGCACUUAUCACCUUAGCAUGGUCAUGUGCUACGCAAGCUUCAUCGCCGCCGUAUGGAAAAUGUACACAUUCCCCGCAGACUGGGGCUAUGGUCUCGUUCUGCUCAGACACGUUCUGGGUGCUGGACUCAUCAGCCUGCAGAUCUGGACCUCAGUCAGUAUCUACGAGUCGCUUGGCGAAUUUGGCUGGUUCUACGGAGACUUCUUCUUUGAUGCCUCUCCCAAGCUGACAUAUAACGGCAUCUACCGGUUCCUGAACAACCCCGAACGUGUUCUGGGUCUGGCUGGCGUUUGGGGUGCUGUCCUCAUCACAAGCAGUGGGGCUAUCACGUUCCUUGCCUUGUUGAGCCAUACCUUGACCUUGGCCUUUAUCCAGUUUGUGGAGCGCCCGCAUAUGCAGAAGCUGUAUGGUCGAAGCUUGAGACGAGAUGCUGGUUUGACGAAGAGCCUGAAGCGAUCUCUGCCGGACCCUUUGAAGCAGCUCCACGGAAGUGUUGAUAAGAUGUUCGAUGAUUCGUUCGAGUUCAUCGAAGAUCUCAUUGAUACUGCCCGCCCGAAGCUUGCCGCUGGUGUGAACACCUUCGUCAAGGAUACCUCUGCGCUCUUCCAGAAGUACCCCGCUCGUGUGACCAUUUCUCGCAUCGAUGAGGAUCUGGCUGGUUACGACUCUCGCGACUAUUCCUUGGAGGUAGAAGGCACUGAUUCACUAUCCCUUCAUGAUGUCGAUCAGAGUAGCGGUAGAGAGGGUCUCAACGCUCGUAUGCCCCUUGAUAGACGAGGCGACCUGAAGAAUCUUGUCUUUGAGUAUGGCUCGCCGAUCAAGGUCAAGUGGACCGCCCCCCUGAACCACAGCAAGAAGGAUUGGAUUGGUCUGUAUCGUGUCAUCGAUAAUACUUCCCGCGAGAUUUCUCGUGUCUCAUCUCAGGGGAGAUGGAUCGCGACCAACGAAGGCUCCUACGACAAUUCGAAAUGCGAGCAGGGCAUCGUAACAAGUGACGUCGUCAUCCCCGCCUCACAACGCAAGGACGGCGAAGGCCGCGAUCUCGCCUCUGGCGAGGUUGUCUUCUCUGGCGAUAAGCUCUUCUGGACCCAGGGUGUGUUCGAGUUCCGGUAUCACCACAAUGGCAAACACAAUGUCAUGUCCAUCUCAAGACCAUUCGAAAUUCGCAUUAGCCGAUUCGACGAGGAUGAGAUUCCCCUGAUGGAUCCUACGUCCGUGGAGAUGAGCCUGUUCCCCGUGGUGCGCAACUGUUUCGACCGUGAUCCCGAGAUUGCUCCGGAAACCGUGGACGAGCCUUUCGGUAGCCUGGUCGAACGCGACGGCAAGUAUGCCAAGAGAGUUGUCUUUGCUGUCCAUCAGAUGUUCGGUAUUGAAUUCGCUCCCGAGGUCGUCAAAGCCGACGGAAGCGUUCACAACCUAGCCUGGAGGAUAUGUAACGCAAAGAGGGUCUUGGCUCCCUACAGCAUGCCCAAGAACGGUGCGGCCACACCAACAGAGGCCAAAGAAUAA